AUUUACUUCUGUUUUAACAAUUGAGGUAAAAACACCACAUACAGUUAGAAAUAAAGUGGAUUUGUCAAACACAUCAUAAUGUUACCAGUAAGAUUAAUAUCAAAAUUUUCUCGCACUUGUGCAACUUGGUCUAAAACACAGAAUCAAGCCUUGCAAAAAGAAAAAUUACUAUCCCGAAAGUUUUUUGAUGACUUUCCAAAAUUUUUACCUGUAUUGUUAGAUACUACUUUAUCAAAAACAAAAAUAAUUGAAAACGCAUCAGUAAGAAAUCGUAUUAAACGGAUAGCUGAAUACAACACCCUUGAGAAAAAACCCGUUGAAGCCGAACUGAUGUUAAUUGCCUAUGAAAUGUUAGAGAAGAAUAGAAAUGAAAGUGUGGAGUUUCAACAUCAAGCUUAUGUUAUAGGUUCAGCUCUUGAAAUGAUUCAAUCAUACUUUAUAAUAUUAGACGAUAUGCAAGACGGUGGUAAGAUCAGAUGCAACAAGCCAUGUUGGCAUCUACUCCCGGACGUUGGCAUGACAGCGGUGAACGAUGCCAGCUUAUUAAGAAGCUUCAUAACAGAUGUUGUCAGACAAAAUGUACCCCAACCUUUAUUUUCACAAGUUAUGCAUAUUUUUGACACGAUUUACUAUACUUUAGAAAUUGGACAACUGAUAGAUGCACAGUUUGUUAAAGCUAGAAACUACGAUGAUUUUACAAUAGAAAAUUUCGACGCCAUGAAUAAAUAUAAAUCAUCGUUCUAUUCUGUCAAAUCACCGAUACUUUUAGCACUUGCGCUAUGCAAAAAAUUGAAUAACGAGUCUUUCGCAAUUGUGGAUGAUUUGGGAACUGAUCUUGGAAUUCUUAUACAGAGUCACAAUGAUUUGAUCGAUUACUUGGAUGUUGACGAAUCAGUAGCGAGUAAAUCAGGGCAUGACAUUCAAAACGGCAAAUGUUCUUGGCCAGCCGUUGCCGCCCUCGAAUUGUGCAAUCCUGAACAAAGAAAAAUCUUCAACAAAUGCUACGGUAGUUGGGAUCCCAAAGAUGUGCAGCAAAUAAGGAAAAUAUACGACGAUCUAUCUUUAGCCGAAGUCUACCGAAAAGAAGAACAAACCCGUUAUGAUAACUUUCUGCAAAAAGUUUACAGUCUACCAAAGGAUUCAACGCCAUCUGUCGACUUUUUCUUAGAGAUAUUUAAAAAUUUCCGAGGCUAUACCGAAAAUGUAAAGAAAUAUAUGCACGAAUGAUGUUAAACUCUUCUUAUAUCGAAGGAAUUAUAUUACAGAAUAGUUUAUUAUUCAAUUUGUUGCAGUAGUUAUCAGAAUGGUAUUUACAGUGUUGGUAUUAACACAUUAAUAUAACGAAGCAAAUUCAAAAUUAUUUUUGUAAAGAUUUGUGCGUUAGAUUUUAACUUGCGUAUUCAAAUUACCAAGCAUAUAAAUAAACACAAACGAUAACGCCUCUAAAAAUACAUAUUUUUGUUUCGAUUUCUCUUGAGUUUCUGAGACCCAAAUCCUCGCUUAAAACAUAUCUCACAAA